AUGAAUUUACAUAAACUCCAAACAGAUGAUAUCUCCAGUAGGAAAGAUUUCAUUGGAAAUUUACCUGAUGACAUUCUUCACCAUAUUCUUUUGUUAAUGCCUACUAAAGAUGCCGUCGGAACAUCCAUAUUAUCCAAAAGGUGGAAGUUCUUGUGGAUGGAUUUAUUUGCAUUUAAUUUUACAAUUAAUCCGUCAAUCUCCAGCCAAAUUCGCAAUCCUACAAAUCAUCUCUUUGAUCUAGUCACUAGAUUACUUCAGAGAUCUAAUAGUCCUUCAAUAAGUCUCAACAUUGCAAUGCAUGGUAGCGGAAAUACAAUUGAUCCAACCAAGUUUCAACGUUUUCUAUCGGAUGCAAAUAUGCACAAAGUUGAAAACCUAGACAUCUCUCUAAAUUUAAACUAUAAUCCGUUUAAAUUACCACAUAGUUUCUCAACUUGUGCGUCAUUGAAUAGUUUACACUUACAACUUGAGUGUGUUCUAUAUAUUCCGAGUUGUAUUUGUUUUUCGAAUUUGACGACGUUAAGUAUUUCAUCCAUUAUAUUUCCAAAUGAUGAUUCUCUUCAAAUACUUCUCUCUGGAUGCAUUGUUCUUCAAGAACUAAUCCUGUGUGAUUGUGGUUGGAAUAACAUAAAGCAUGUCAAUAUUGCAAUGCCAAAAUUAAGGAUAUUAAACAUGGACUUCAAUUAUCCAAGUGAUGAUGAGCAAUUCGAUUCUAAAAUUAUGAUUGACGCAGUGAAUCUUUUAUCUUUGACAUGCUCAGGAUUUUUAACAGUUGAAGUUUCCCUUGUUAACCUAGCCUCUAUAGUUAAUGCAUAUAUCGAUCUCGCGACUUAUUUUCCAUUAAACCAACCAUAUAUUGCUGCUAACGAAACUAAACUAUUGAGUGGACUUCAUCAGAUCAAGUUUCUCCGGCUAUCAAAUGAUACUCUUGAGUGUCUUUUGUUUGCAGAAGAUAAUUUCUAUCUCCUUCCUGCAUUUAACGAUUUGAAACGUCUUGAUGUGAGUUUUGGAUGUGUUAUUGGUUAUACAAAUGCAUUUCUAAUGGAAUUUCUGAAAAAGACUCCAAAACUUGAAGCACUUGAGAUUCCUAAUGGAUUUGAUCCAAUCGUUUGCAUGGAAGGUGGAGAGUGGAUAUUGAAUUCAGUGCCUUAUUGUUUCAAAACUUGUCUCAAUUUAUUUUCCUUUUCUAAUUUUGAUGGAGAUGAAGCUGAAAUUCAAUUGCUGAAGUUUAUAUUAGAAAAUGCCCCAAUUUUAAAAAACAUUCAUAUGUAUGGUUCUGACAGUCUAUUAGCUGAUUUGAAGAAGAAGACUGAUGUUUGCAACCGAAUGGAAUCUAUGGGUCUAGAAAAUUGGAACAUAGCGUGA